UCAGCCUGGCUGUGCAGAGUGGGUCCUCGGGAUCGAGAGAGAACCCAGGAGUCCUAGCUCCCAGCCCCCUCAACUACUAGUCCCCCCUCCCAGAGCAAGGGAUAGAACCCAGGAGUCCUGACUCCCAGCCCCCGCUCUAACCACUGGACCCCAAUCCCCUCCCCUCCCAGAGCUGGGAAUAGAACCUAGGAGUCCUGGCUCCCAGCUCCCCCAACGACUAGACCCCCGUCCUCUCCCAGAGCUCGAGAUAGAACCCAGGAGUCCUGGCUCCCAGCUUCUGCACACUCUAACCACUAGACCUCCCUGAGUUGGGAUAGAACUCAGGAGUCCUGACCACCACCCUCCCCUGGUGCGUGUAGAGGAAUCCAGAGCAGAGCUGCAGUGUGGAUUUAUCGAUCCCUGUCCCAGUGCCAGCAGCGGACCGGAACCUGGAGCUGGAUCCCCAAGGGGCUCCCCAACCCAGCAUGGAGAUGUCAGCCCUGCUCCCCUGCAUCCUGGCCCUGAGCUGCCUCGCUCACAUAGGCUGGGGGGUGUAUUUCUUUCAGCAGCCCAUGGACCAGGUGAUCGUGGCGGGGCAAUCGGUGACGCUGGCUUGCGUGGUUGUGGGCUACCAGGGUAUGGUGCAGUGGACCAAGGAUGGCCUGGCACUGGGUGGAGAGCGAGACCUGCCUGGCUGGGCCCGGUACUCCAUCGUCGGGGAUCCAGCGGCCGGGCAGCACAACCUGAGGAUCGAGUCCGCUGAGCUGGGCGAUGACGCCAUGUACGAGUGCCAAGCUACGCAGGCGGCACUGCGUUCCCAGCGUGCCCAGCUCACGGUGCUCCUACCGCCCAAUGACCCCGUGAUCCAGAACGGCCCUAUCGUCCGGGUCCAGGCCAGCGUGCCCUACAAUCUGACCUGCCAGGUGUCUGGCGCCAAGCCUGCCCCUGAGAUCAGCUGGUACCGCGAUGGGCAGCUGCAAGGCUCUGCCCUCUAUGCCAAGGCCCUGAUGGAGGAUGGGAAGCGGGCAACGGCCCUCAGCACCCUGCUCCUCACACCCAGCACCCAAGACAUGGGCAGUGCCUACACCUGCCACGUCACCAACCCGGCCGCGCCUGCCGGCAAGCAGACCUCCAUCACCCUCGACGUGCUGUACCCCCCCACGGUGAUCCUCUCCGUCCAGCCGCAGACCGUCGCGGAGGGGGCCAAGGUCAGCUUCCUCUGCACCGCCACUGCCAACCCCGAGGUGACCGGCUACCGGUGGGCAAAGGGCGGCGUGGCCAUCGCCGAGGCCAACGGGCACAGCUAUGAGGCCAGGGUGGAUCACUCCUUCUUCACCCAGCCCGUGUCCUGCGAGGUGGCCAACGCCGUGGGCAGCACCAACGUCAGUACCCUGGUGGAUGUGCACUUUGGGCCCCACCUGGUCUCCCAGCCCAAGCCCCUCACCGUGGAUGUCGGGGCUGACGCCUCCUUCACCUGCACCUGGACCGGGAACCCGCCCCUCACCCUGGCCUGGACCAAGAAGGGAUCCAGCGUGGUGCUGAGCAAUGGCAACACCCUGCACCUAAAGGCUGUGACACAGGAGGACGCUGGCACAUACGUGUGCAAGGCCAUCGUGCCACGCAUCGGCAUGGCUGACAAGGAGGUGACGCUGGCGGUCAACGGGCCCCCCAUCAUCACCACUGAGUCUGGGCCACAGACAGCGCUCGGGGACAAGGCACGGUUGGAGUGUCUAGUGAGGAGCACGCCCCCCCCUGACCGCAUUGUGUGGGCGUGGGGCGAGCAGGUGCUGGACAGCGGCUCAGAGGAGCGCUUCACAGUGGACACGGCGCUUACGGAGCGGGGGGUGCUCUCGGCCCUGCUUAUCCAGCCCACGCGCACGGAGGACUUUGCCUUGCCCUACAACUGCACGGCCUGGAACCGCUUUGGGGCCCGCUCGGCGGCUGUCACACUGCACCGGCAGGAGGUCCUGCCCAUCAUGAUAAUCGGGGCCUCAGCCGCAGCCGCUGCCACCCUGCUGCUGGUCUUGGCCGUUGGCGUGUCUGUCUGCUGCCUGCGCUGGUGCCCCGGGAAAGCAGCCAAACGAGGCACCAAGCUGUCCAAGACAGAUGUCCUGGUGCAGAUCACCACGAGUGACAGCAGCCCCAGCCGGCCCAGCGAUACAGAGGAGGACGUCAAGGAGCCCAUGGCCACGAGCAGCGAGUCCCCAGCCACCUCGCACACAGAGCACAGCGAGAUCCUGGAGGAGGAAGAGGACAGCCAGGACAAUAAGGACCCUACCAACGGUUACUACAAGGUCCGUGCUCAUGAGGAACCCCACCUGUCUGGCAGUUUCUUGGAGUAUGCCCCAGCCCCGCGCACCCUCUACACCGGGUCCCACGCCACCAUGUUCCCCCCCUCAGGGCAGCCCUACAGCCACCGCUAUACUCUGGGGGCACCCGGCUCCCGCACAGCCUACGAGCCCCACUACCCGCGGGAUGGGGUGUACGGGGGGGGCUACCUCACAGCCCCCUACACCCGGGCCUUCACCAGCUACGUCAAGCCCAGCACCUACGAGAAGGCAGAGAGUGGCUAUGAACAGUCAGACCAGGCCAGCAAGGUGUCGGGCGGCUCCCGCUUCUCCUAUACCUCCCUCUCGCAACAGUCGGACUACGGGCGGCCUGCCCAGCAGCGCAUGCAGACACACGUGUGACUCUUCCUCCCCAACACACAUCAAGCCAUUGGGGGACAGACGCCUAGGGCCAUCCCUGUUGUGGGAGGGGGUUGGUCCGGCUUAGCCAACUGUCUCAAAAUGGCCAAUAGGCCAGCUGACUUGUGCUGCUGGAGGUGGAGAUGAGUGGCCAUCGGCUAGGGGAAGGGGGUUCAAGAUGGCUAACAAACUGGGUUCAAAAUGGCUGUCUCCCCAAUUGACUUUUGCUCCUAGAGGCAAGGAUGAGUGGCUAUUGGCUGGGGUUAGGAAUCAGGGCAUGGGUUCAGAAUGGCUGACGAGGGGGGUUCAAAACGGUUGACGGCCCUGUUGACUUCCUCCAUUGGACCUGAGGAUGGAUUUGCACUGGAUAGGGGAGAAGUCAUGAUGUUGGAUACACUAACGGCUAUUGAAAAUGGGUUCAAAAUGGCCAUUGAGUUGGGUUCAAGAUGGCCAAUGGCCAAGCUUACUUCUUUGGUUGGGCCUGGCGAUGAAUCCCAUUGGCUAGGGAAGAAGUCAGGCUUAUCCCUGGGAUGUUGAGAUGGGUUCAGAAUGGCUGAUGAUCCCAUUCACUUGGUGAAAUCAGCCGGUUUGCUUAGCCCAGGGCUGCCAAGAUGGAUACAAAAUGGCCACUAAAAGGGGCACAAAAUGGCUGAUGGCCCAAUCAGCUUCCUACAGAGACUAGUGGAGGGAGGAGCCAGUGGAUGUUGGAUUUCUGAGUGGCUUCCCCCACUGCCGCUGGCCCUGGAUCAGCUAGGCCUGGACGCAAGAUGGUGACCACCGGGCCAAGAUGGCGGCUGGUGCUAGGCCCUGCCUGCUGGUUUUGCAGGCCCAGUAAAAAUGGUAGCUCUCAGCUUUCCUGUGGGGCCCGAUAAUGGGGCUCAUGGGGGGCAGUGGAUGUAUGCGUGAAUCCACCCGCUGGCAGCACCCUCCCACACACCACCAAUGCGGGAGCUGGGUUUGCUGCCCUCUGUCCCACACCACUGUUCCCUCUAAGCUGUGCGCGUGUGCACGCACGCACAGAUCUGAAACCCCACGCACACAGCGAAACACUGCGCUCACAAAAAUUUGCCCAGAAGCACAAAAAUUUGCACAGAAGAAAUUUUUUGCGCACUAAGCCUGUCAAAAAUUAGAGGGAACAUUACCCCAUACCCACCCUCUGCUGGGGUGGGGCUGGUAAGGGCCCCACAGAGCUGUGGGGCUGGGAACUAAGAGCCCAUGGGGAUGCUAAGGGCAGCUUCCCCCUCUCAGAGCAUGCAACCUCAGGCAUGUCCCAGGGUAGCUGCCUGGCUGGCUUGGCGGGGAGGGAAUGGGGCACAGGACCUCUCACCUCCAAGGGGCACCAGCUCUAAUUCCCCAUUGCCAGGUCACAGGGGUGAAAUGUUGAUGUUAUAGACAGCCUCUGCCUGGGCCAAAUCGAUUCAGGUGGGGCCUGGGUUUUUCCUGCCAUUAAAAACACCCCGUUUCCCGGCCAUGCCCAGGCACUGGGGUCCCCGCCAGGGGGGAUGGGAGUUCUCAGAGUGAACCCCGCCCCGCCACUGACCUGUCAAUCUCCUGUUGCAAUUGCGCAGCACCGAAAUAAUUUAUAUUUAAUAAAACAUAUGGAAAGAUGCCGUGAGACUUUUAUUGGGGAACCAGCCUGACGGGCCCCCUAGAUCUGACCACCACCUGCCCCCUCCCUGCCCCACAGAUCUAACCCAUCCAGCCUGGUACCACCCACCCCACAGAGCCAACCCAUCCAGCCUGGAACCUGCCCCUUCCUGCCCCCCCAGAGCCGACCCAUUCAGCCCAGUACUUGCCCUCUCCCUGCCCCCCAGAGUUGACCUAUCGAACCCGGUACCCGCCUCCCUCCCUGCUCCAUCCAGCUGGUACCCGCCACUCCCUGGCCUCACAGAGCCGACCAAUCCAGCCCAAUACGCAUCCCGUUCCUGCCCCCCAGAGCCGAUCCAUCCAGACUAGUACCCGCCCCCUCGAGCUGACCCAUCCAACCCGGUACCUGCCCCCCAGAGUUGACCCAUCAAACCCGGUACCCACCCCCUCCCCGCCCCCUGGAGCCAACAUAUCCAGCCAGGAAACCACCCCCUGGACCUGACCCAUCCAACCUGGAAUCAUAAAAUCAUAGAAUAUUAGGGUUGGAAGAGACCUCAGGAGGUCAUCUAGUCCAAUCCCCUGCUCAAUGCAGGAUCAAUCCCCAACUAAAUCAUCCCAGCCAGGGCUUUGUCAAGCCAGGCCUUAAAAACCUCUAAGGAUGGAGAUUCCACCACCUCUCUAGGUAACGCAUUCCAGUGCUUCACCACCCUCCUAGUGAAAUAGUGUUUCCUAAUAUCCAACCUAGACCUCCCCCACUGCAACUUGAGACCAUUGCUCCUUGUUGUCACCUGCCACCACGGAGAACAGCCGAGCUCCAUCCUCUUUGGAACCCCCCGCUUCAGGUAGUUGAAGGCUGCUCUCAAAUCCCCCCUCACUCUUCUCUUCUGCAGACUAAAUAACUCCAGUUCCCUCAGCCUCUCCUGGUUAGUCAUGUGCCUCCACUGGACUCUCUCCAAUUUGUCCACAUCCUCCUGCAGUGUGGGGACCAAAACUGGAUGCAAUACUCCAGGUGUGGCCUCACCAGUGCCGAAUAGAGGGGAAUAAUCACUUUCCUUGAUCUGCUGGCAACGCUCCUACUAAUACAGCCCAAUAUGCUGUUGCCCUUCUUGGCAACGAGGACACACUGCUGACUCAUAUCCAGCUUCUCCUCCACUUAAUCCCCAGGUCCUUUUCUGCAGAACUGCUGCUUAAUCAGUCGGUCCCCAGCCUGUAGCAGUGCAUGGGAUUCUUCCUUCCUAAAUGCAAGACUCUGCACUUGUCCUUGUUGAACCCCAUCAGAUUUCUUUUGGCCCAAUCCUCCAAUUUGUCUAGAUCACUCUGGACCCUAUCCCUACCCUCCAGCAUAUCUACCUCUCCCCCCAGCUUAGUGUUAUCUGUGAACUUGCUGAGGGUGCAAUUAAUCCCAUCAUCCAGAUAAUUGAUAACGAUGUUGAACAAAACCAGUCCCAGGACCAAUCUCUGGGGCACUCUGCUUGAUACCGGCUGCCAACUAGACAUGGAGCCGUUGAUCACUACCCGUUGAGCCCAACGAUCUAGCCAGCUUUCUAUCCACCUUAUAGUCCAUUCAUCCAAUCCAUACUUCUUUUACUUGCUGGCAAGAAUACUGUGGGAGACCGUAUCAAAAGCUUUGCUAAAGUCAAGAUAUAUCACAUCCACUGCUUUCCCCAUAUCCACAGAGCCAGUUAUCUCAUCAUAGAAGGCAAUCAGGUUGGUCAGGCACGACUUGCCCUUGGUGAAUCCAUGUUGACUGUUCCUGAUCACCUUCCUCUCCUCCAAGUGCUUCAAAAUGGAUUCCUUGAGGUCCUGCUCCAUGAUUUUGCCGGGGACUGAAGUGAGGCUUUAGUUCCCGGGGUUCUCUUUCCUCCCUUUUUUAAAAUGGCACUAUAUAUACACCUUUUUCCAAUCAUCCAGGACCUCCCCCGAUCACCAUGAAUUUUCAGAGAUAAUGGCCAAUGGCUCUGCAAUCACAUGAGUCAACUCCCUCAGCAGGCUUGGAUGCAUUUGACCUGGACCCCUAGACUUGUGCAUGUCCAGCUUUUCUAAAUAGUCCUUAACCUGUUCACCACUGAGAAUCCGCCCCUCCCUGCCCCCUAGAGUCGACCCAUCCAGCCCAGUACCUGCUGUUAGGAUACAAAUAUUCAGGCCUGUCUGCAAAGGCCUAUACUUUAAGAAUUUAGGUAUAUUCUUAUCACUUAACUAGUUAUAGAGGUACAAAACAAGAAUCAUCACUGUGAUAGUUUAAGACUUUGUUCUUAGGCUAAGGCCUUUGGCUAAACAGCAGGGGCAGCCAUAAGCUGGGAAGCGAAGGGUCACGUCCUCACCAGUCACACUGAAAUAAGGCAGUUUCGGGCUGUUAAAAAGAUGAUCUAAUCUAUCAUCUCCAGAGAAAGGGAAGAGCCUAGAAGAUUUAAAGAAAAUGUAGUUUGAUAGCAUCCUGUCUGGCAAAAACUCAUUUCUCAAUAGCUGGGGUGUGAAAUCCUCACUUCUGUGUUUGUUCUGUCACUGUAGUCCCCAUUUUCCUAUUGUUUGUCUGUAUAAUCUCUGUCUGGUUCUGUGAUCAUUUCUGUCUGCUGUAUAAUUAAUUUUGCUGGGUGUAAACUAAUUAAGGUGGUGGGAUAUAAUUGGUUAAAUAAUCAUGUUACAAUAUGUUAGGAUUGGUUUAGUUAAAUUUCAGUAAAAUGAUUGGUUAAGGUAUAGCUAACCAGAACUCAAGUUUUACUAUAUGGUCUGCAGUCAAUCAGGAAGUAAGGUGGGGAAUUGGAAUCAUGUUUUGCUAAGUGGGGGGAUGGGAACAGGGACACAGGCAUCAGAGCUGGGAAGGGGGACACUGAGGAAAGAAAUUGGAAUAAUUGCUUGCUGGAAGUUCACCCCAAUAAACAUUGAAUUGUUUGCACCUUC